AUGGCAAAACUUAGCCAGCGGUUUGGUUCCAACGCUGUUAUAACUGAAGUACAUUUGAACAAACUGAAAGAUCUGCCAAAAAUCGGAUUUAGAGAUAACAAGAAACUCCAAGAUCUCGGAGAUUUGCUCUUAGAAUUGCAGUGCGCUAAGAAUGACGGCGGAUACAGAGGCCUCAAAAUCCUCGACGAGCCCGCUUACAUUAAACCUGUCAUUGCGAAGCUCCCUGGCGAUAUCCAAAGCAGAUGGCAAAAGCACGCCUUUCGAUAUAAGAAACAACACGUCGAGGUAGACUACCCCCAUUUUCCGAGUUUGUCACAUUUAUCCAGGAGUUGUCCCUCGAAAGAAACGAUCCUAACCUGAUCAUAGAGAUUCCCGAGAAGAACAACACAGGUAUGCGAAACCCGAGCUGGCGACAAGAAAUUAGUGUAAAGAAGACUGAGAUCGAGGCCCAAGAUCGCAGAGUCGGACACGAUCCCCCACCUCGUAACCCUACGAACUGGUGCAUUGUCCACCACAAAGGGCACCCAUUAAGCAAGUGUAGAGCUUUCCAAGCCAAGCCACUCGAUGAAAGAACUACAAUACUAAAAAAGAACAGAGUAUGCUUUCGCUGUAUCGCAUCGUGCGAUCACCUUGCGAAGGACUGCAAGGCCAAGGUCGUGUGCACCGAAUGUGGGAGCAACAAACACCUCGCCGCUUGACGGUGAGCAAAGGCACGGCGGGGAGCAGGUAGCAAAUAAAGACCAAUCCGAUAAUGGCGCUAACCCUCGACAAAACCAGCACGCGGGAGAAAUUACAACCAAAUGCACCGAAAUAUGCGGGAAUUCCCCCGGUGGGAAAUCAUGCUCAAAAAUCUGCCUAGCUAACAUAUACGUCACCGGACAUCCAGAAACCAAAGUGAAGGCGUACGUGGUAAUCGAUGAUCAGAGUAACAGCUCUCUAGCAAAAUCUGAACUGCUCGAUCGCCUAAACGUUCACAGUCAAGCAACCUCGUAUUCGCUUAGAACAUGCGCCGGAACAACUCAGAUUCGAGGAAGAUGCAGCAAAGAUCUUGUCGUAGAGUCUGUGGACGGAAAUAAAAAUCAUCAGCUGUCGAACGUCAUCGAAUGUAACGCGAUCCCUGAUUCUAAAGAAGAGAUUCUUUCACCAGAGGUAGCCCGAGCUCACCCACAUCUACACGAAAUUGUUGACAAAAUACCAGAGAUCCGUGGCGACGUAGACAUCCUACUGUUCAUCGGUCGGAACGCCCCUCCACUUCAAAAGGUUCACGAAUCCCGUAACGGACCUAGAAACGCCCCUUGGGGCGAGCGUCUUGAUCUAGGAUGGGUCAUCAUCGGCAACGCUUGCCUGGACGGAGCUCACACACCGAAGCCUUCCUGCUACAAAACAAACGUUCUCGAAAGCGGCCGACCAUCAAUUUUUUCACAUUGCCCUAAUCGUUUCCACAUCAAAGAAUACACAUCCACCGUUUCUGCCGUCCCAUGCGACGAAAACAACGAUCAAAGGAAAAAGACAUUCGAAAACGGAAACUUUGACGAUGGCCUAGCAGCCAAAGUGUUCGCAAGCUCGAAGGACGACAACAAACCUGGUCCCUCCGUGGAAGACAGAAGAUUUGUCAACAUAAUGGAACAUCAAAUUGUCAAAAACGAAGCAGGGAACUGGGAGGCGCCACUUCCAUUUCGCAACCCGAUAUCAAGACUACCAGACAACCGCAAAGACACUCUUAAGCGUUUUAACUCCAUAAGGCGGACUCUCGAAAGGAAACCGGAAAUGAAAAGAGACUAUUUUGAGUUUAUGCAAAAGCUCUUCAACAAUGGUCAUGCGGAGCCCGUUCCCGAGAAUGACAUAGCUUCAAAAGGACCACGGUGGUACCUUCCCCACUUCGGUGUCUACCACCCCCGAAAGCCUGAUAAAAUACGGGUAGUCUUCGAUUCAGCAGCCAAAACCAACGGAGUGUCACUAAAUAAGCUACUUCUCUCUGGCCCAGACCUGACGAACAUUCUCGUAGGUAUUCUCUUGCGCUUUCGCUGCAACACCGUCGCGUUCAUGACGGACAUCGAACAAAUGUUCCACUCCUUUAUGGUUCGUCAAGACCAUCGAGAUUAUCUUCGCUUUUUCUGGCAUAAAGACAACAACCCCGAAGAAGAAGUGAUCGAAUACCGUAUGAAGGUGCACUUGUUCGGUAACACUUCCUCGCCAGCUAUUGCAACAUGCGCUCUUAGAAAGACAGCUCUAGUAGGAGAACCCAAGUACGGACCGGACGCAAGAGAGUUCGUACAGAAAGACUUUUACGUAGACGACGGCCUAAAGUCCGUUCCCGAUCGCGAGGGAGCCGUCGACCUGUUAUGCAGAACCAAAACCAUGUUAGCCGACGCCAAUCUGCGCCUCCACAAAAUCGCGUCCAACGACCCUACGGUAACACAGGCCUUUCCCGUCGAAGACCGAGCUUCCGACCUACGCAAUCUGGACCUUCACCGCGACGUAGUAUCGAUUUAGCGCUCGUUGGGUGUAUUUUGGGACCUACAAGCAGACACCUUUACCUUUCAGGUUGUCGACGGAGCCAAACCCUUUACAAGACAUGGCGUUCUCACUGUCACCAACAGCCUUUACGAUCUUCUCGGAAUCGCUGCCCCGGUCGUCAUCAAAGCCAAAAUCCUGCUGCGAGUAAUGACAACAAGCCUGAAACGCCACCCACUUGACGACUGGGACCAACCGCUACCUGAGCAAUAUAAAGCAUCCUGGGAAGCUUGGUGCAAAUCCCUCUCAGACCUAACCGAAGUCAGAGUCCCAGGUACCUACGCAAGCGAGUCACUGUCUGAAGCAAGCCGUGUAGAAAUCCACACAUUUUGCGACGCCUCCACCGAAGCUAUUGCUGCUGUCUCAUACAUCAAAGUCGUCCUGAAAGACGGUCAAGCCCAAGUAUCAUUCGUGUUCGGCAAAGCUAAGCUGGCUCCAUCACACGCCACAACGAUUCCCCAUUUAGAGCUUUGUGCUGCAGUGCUCGGCGUAGAAAUUACGGAGCUGGUUAUCGAAGAGUUAGCAGUAAAACCACACUCCGUAACCUAUCACACGGACAGUAAAGUUACACGGACAGUAAAGUUACACCUCCCUCCACCAAAAUCAAUGUAUCCACGACCACUAAUGAUGACUCCAGUUCAUCCCCUUCAGUAUUUACGUCGCCCACGCGACAAAAUGAACAAGCAGUAUCCCCCAAAUUACCUUCCGAGGCCAUGGUUACCCCAACCCUGGCCAACACACCCACCAUUUCCACGUCGUAUGUAACUCGUGAUAACAAUUUCCCGCUCCCUACCCUGCUGGUGGCCAAUGUCCGUUCUAUGAUUAAUAAAAUAGACGAACUAGAGUUGGUAGCUCAAAUUAACCAAGUUGAGGUCAUAUGCAUUACUGAAUCUUGGCUUAACACCUCUGUUGUGGACUCAAUGAUUUCGUUAUCGAACUUCAUCCAAUUCAGAAAUGAUCGCACAUACUCCUGCGGUGGCGGCGUUUCCAUUUAUAUUAAAGAAGAAAUUUACUGUAGGAGGCUCGAGUAUUUCGAGGAUUCAGCCAUUGAAUCCCUAUGGUUACUACUUAGACUUAAGCGUUUACCAAGAUCUAUAUCCGCUCUUCCACUUGCAGUCAUUUACCACACCACCUCCUCCGGCGCCAACGAGAACUUUGAACUGUACAACCAUAUCCAGCGUAAUGUCGAAUCCUUCCUUUCUCUGCAUCCUGAUGGUCUCGUGUUUGUGACUGGGGAUUUCAACCCUGUCAGUACAUUAUUUGAUGAAAAACGGUUGAAAAGAUUGUCCGGUUUAACUCAAAUUAUUAAUGUCCCAACACGUCACAACGCCAUAUUGGAUUGGUGUCUCACAAAUGCCAAGAAAGUCGUUUUUUAUGUAAGCCAGCUUCCUCCUAUUGGCUCGAGCGACCAUAAUGCCAUUUUAAUAAAACCCCAUAAAGAUCGUCUGGAGAAUUCGUGUAAUAAACGAGUAUGCAAAAGAGAUUUAAGAGAUAGCAGUAUAAGACAUUUUGGUCAGACUAUUACAUCUACCGAUUGGACGGAGAUAUUCGAAAUACCUGAUCCUAACAUGAAGUACCGGAGAUUUAAUGAGGUAGUUUCUGCAAUGAUUGAUUGUUUUUUCCCCAAUAAACCAACUAGUGUUAGGGAAUCUGAUAAACCAUGGAUGACGUCAUCGCUUAAGUCCUCCAUUAGUAAGCGACAAAAAUCACUUCAUAAGUACGGAAGAAAUUCACAAGCAUAUAGAUUUUGGCGCAAUAGAAUUCAACGGGAUGUUAAAGUGGCACGUAGAAAGUACUAUGCCAAUUCCGUGCAGAAGUUGAAAAGUGCAAACCCUUCCAGAUGGUGGAAAGAGGUUAAAUCCAUAGGAGGCCUCUCUUCUCGGGAAUCUUGGGUACAUCAACUACUUUCUGAAGUAAACCCAAAACCU